UAUUCACACUGGAUUGCUCUGGUUUAUUCAUAUCCUGUGACAGUGAAUCAGAUAUUGCUGUCUAUAUACAGCCUGAAUUGCCAGCCAACCUCGGGCCCAAAUAUGUAUUGAAUAUAGCUUGUUUUCCUGGGCAAAACUCCAGCUGUUCACUGAUGAAUCCACUGCUACUCAAAUACAGUAAGCCUAUAAACAAUUUGGAAAGUCUGCUCCCGGAACACAGGCGUUGUGAAAUCCAGUUCAUGUAACUUAAGAAUAUUUAAUGAUGAGAAAAGCUUUUGAAGUAGGAGACUUGCAUUGAAUGAGUUGAAGAGGAGGAAAAAAAGCGAACACUAAAACAGGGAAAUGACCUAGAGGCCUUACAAAUAUAUUUGUGCAUUUUUGUUCUGAGUCUACAAUUGAGGGCAAAUGCAAUCUGGAAGCACCACUUCUUAACGUUACAACGGAAACAACUACCUCAACGAACAAGGAAAGGAGAAGAAGGCUUGCAAUAAUAAACACUCUGUUUUUUCAUAGCUUAUAUUUGCAACGUCUUCUGUAAACGGAGUCUUUUCUUUUCUUUUUCUUUUCUUUCUUCCAGUAUUAAGAAGAGACACUACAAGUAAACUAAUUUGACAGACUGGCUCUGUCAAGACAUUUAAAGAUAUUUGAUCUGGUGACAUAAGGAUUUGCUUUUUCAAGGACGGAGCUUCUGCACUGCUUUUACAAUCGCUGUUGAUCAGUGGUUUGCUCCGCUUUUCCUGAUAUUACUGAUUGGAAAAUUAUAUUAAGGUAUUGCUUCUAAAAAUAUUAUUUGCAUUGACAAAAGUAACUUUUGUAGACUUAACAGGAAGUGUCAGUAUGCUCAUGAAGAAAUUAUAGGCGAUAACUUCUCUGCUGCAGUGUUGCUUUUCUGUAUGCAGGGUGGAAUACCAAACGAGACAGAGCAUUAUUAAGAUACUUCGGCAUGCUUUUUGAGUACAGUUUGUAACUGCAGCAGGGCUGCACUGAACACUGAAAAUACUAAGUCAGCAAAGCUGCUGCCUUUCUCACUGCUGAUACAGAUUAUACAGAUGCUUGCCUUUUUGAAAUGCCUUUUGUGAAACCUAUGUACACAGUCCUCCACUGUUACUGUACAUAACUAUAUAUUUGCGGAAGGAAUUUGACAAGUGAUUGUUAAUUCAAGGAAUCUUUGGACGAGCACUCACUUAUGUAUUGCUGUAGUGCACAAGAAAGCAAAAUGGACUAUAAGCGGCGCUUUUUGCUUGGCGGGUCCAAGCAAAAAGUGCAGCAACACCAGCAGUAUCAAAUGCCUGAGCUAGGCAGGACCCUGAGCGCACCGCUGGCAUCUACAACCCCAGCAUCCCCUUUGGUCUCCUCAGCUGCUGCGGGCAGCUGCAGCCACCCUGGAUCCCAUACUACUCCGAUUGCAGACAUCCAGCAGGGAAUCUCCAAAUAUCUGGAUGCACUCAAUGUGUUUUGCCGUACGAGCACUUUCCUUACAGACCUUUUCAGCAGUGUAUUUAGGAACUCGCACUAUUCUAAGGCAGCUAUGCAACUGAAAGACGUGCAGGAACAUGUCAUGGAAGCGGCAAGUCGACUCACAGCAGCAAUAAAACCAGAAAUAGCAAAAAUGCUGAUGGAACUGAGUGCAGGAGCUGCAAACUUCAAAGAUCAAAAAGAAUUCAGCCUACAAGACAUUGAGGUGCUUGGGCGAUGUUUCUUGACAGUGAUGCAGGUCCACUUUCAGUUCCUGUCGCAAGCUUUGCAGAAGGUCCAGCCAGUGGCACACUCUUGCUUUGCCGAAGCUGUAGCUCAGGAAAGAAAGAAUGUUAGUGGGGCUGGAGCCUCAAAUUUAAGCCCAACAAACGAGCUAGAAGAUGCAAUAAGAUCAUGGAGAGGAGCAGCAGAGGCCACAUCUCGAUUGCGAGAAAGAGGCUGCGAUGGAUGUUUGGCUGGAAUUGAAGUUCAGCAACUCUUCUGCUCACAAAGUGUGGCAAUUCCUGAACAUCAGCUCAAAGAACUAAACAUGAAAAUUGACAGUGCUUUGCAGGCUUACAAAGUGGCUUUGGAGAGUUUAGGCCAUUGUGAAUAUGCAAUGAAGGCUGGCUUCCACUUGAACCCGAAGGCUAUUGAAGCAAGUCUUCAGGGCUGUUGCAGUGAAGCUGAAGCCCAGCAAACAGGAAGGAGACAGACGCCACCUCAGCCAAUUCAAUGUGAACUCCCCACUGUACCUGUUCAGAUAGGAUCGCAUUUUCUGAAAGGAAUCUCUUUUAAUGAGUCUGCAGCAGAAAACCUGAAGCUGAAAACGCACACAAUGCUGCAGUUAAUUAAAGAAGCUGGAUGCCAUAAUGGACUGACACCACGGGAUGACUCUCCUGUUACUGAAGUACUAAAUCAGGUCUGCCCUUCAACUUGGCGAGGAGCCUGCAAAACUGCUGUACAGUUGUUAUUUGGCCAAGCUGGACUAGUGGUUGUGGACACAGCACAGAUUGAAAAUAAAGAGGCCUAUGCUCCUCAGAUAAGUUUAGAAGGAUCCAGAAUUGUUGUGCAAGUUCCAUCAACUUGGUGUCUGAAAGAAGAUCCAGCAACAAUGUCUUUGCUACAGAGGAGUCUGGACCCAGAGAAGACUUUGGGACUAGUAGAUGUGCUCUAUACUGCUGUGUUUGACAUACACAGAUGGAAGGAAGGAAGGGAGCAAGCUUUGCCUUGUAUUCAGAUCCAGUUACAGCGUGAAAUCUCAGACUUUGGGAAUCAAGUUGACAUGCCAUCUGGAAAUGGAAGCAAAUCAUCAGGUGGUCUACAAAAGACGUUCUCAAAACUGACUUCCCGGUUUACAAAAAAAACUUCCUGUACCAAUACAAGUAAUAGUGGAAGUUACUCAAUCCCCAAUACACCUUCCAAAAAUGUCUUCAUAAGUUCUAACUCGGAGGAAAAAGCUAAAAUGCCUGCUAACAUAGAUGCACGAUUACAGAGCAUUUUGAACAUUGGUAAUUUUCCUAGGACCACAGAUCCACUGCAGUCAGUUCAGAGCACAAAUAAUCAGUUACUGAAUGGGUUUUUAGUUGAAAGACAGGACAACUUCUUCAAGACAGAUGAGGGCAAGGAUGAUAAAGGUAUGAAUUUACCAACUGACCAAGAAAUGCAGGAUGUUAUAGAUUUCUUGUCUGGGUUUAACAUGGGCAAAUCCCAGCAGACUUCUCCGAUGGUAAAAAGAAGGAACUCUGUUGCAUCCUCUACAGCAACAGAACAAAAAUCAGGAACAGUACAACAGCAGCCGCAAUCUCUGUCUCACCCACCACUGCAUCCUUCUCAGCAAGGCUUGUCGCAGCAACAGCAGUCACAAAAGCAGCAACAGCAAAUGCAGUAUUAUCAACAUUUGCUUCAACCUAUUGGACCACAGCAACGUGUACCUGCCAAAUGGCUACCUAAUUCUUCACAGCAGCCAGCUCAAGCUGUUGGAGCUGGAUUGUCUCAUAUUAACCAGUGGAACAAUCCUGGUUUUUCAGAUUUAAGCUCUGAUUUAUACAGCUUGGGUCUUGUGAGCAGCUAUAUGGACAAUAUGAUGUCAGAGAUGUUAGGACAGAAACCACAAGGACCUAGAAACAACACAUGGCCAAAUCGUGACCAAACUGAUGGAGUGUUUGGGAUGUUAGGAGAAAUUUUGCCUUUUGACCCUGCAGUUGGCUCUGAUCCAGAAUUUGCCCGCUAUGUUGCUGGGGUCAACCAGGCUAUGCAACAAAAAAGGCAAGCACAGCACGUCCGUCGUCCAAGCAACACACGCAGCAACUGGCCUCUUCCUGAUGAUCCUCACAAAACCUGGCCCUUUCCUGAGUAUUUCGCAGAAGGUGACGUGACAAACAGUUGGUCUGGUACUCAAGGAGACUCUGCCAGCUCAAGUGAUGAGACCUCCUCAGCUAAUGGAGACAGUUUAUUCUCGAUGUUCUCAGGGCCAGACCUCGUUGCUGCUGUAAAGCAGAGAAGAAAGCACAGCAGCGGUGAGCAGGAACCGAGUACACUACCAUCACCACCUCUCCUUUCUGCAGUAGAUGACCGGAAUCAGGACAAUAAAACCAAAACUUGGCCUCCAAAGGCGCCCUGGCAGCAUACGUCCUCGGUCAUGAACACACUACCCAGUCAGAGUACAUCUUUGUAUCCUAUGAGCAGCCCUGUCAGCCAGUGGAGCGACACGAUGCAGAUCCUCCAGUCACCUGUGUGGGCAGCAGCUAAUGACUGUGCUCCAGCAACAGGAAUUUCCUCCAGCUUCGCCUAUGUGCAGCAACAGCAAUCACAGCAACAGGCUUCCCAGCACAAACAGAUGAAUAAGGGCUUUAAGUCUUUUCCAGUAAAACACGAACGCAGACCAUCUUACUUGCAUCAGUACUAAUUGCUUUUCUCAUUGGAAAAUGCAGCACAGGGCCAAACAGUCAUAGAUUAUAUAUACCUUGUUUUGCAAUUGGGUAUUGGCUAUAUCCUGUUUAUCUCAUUAAAUAUGGAAUAGAGGGUUACUGGGUGAUGCAUACAAACUCUUGAAUUCAGUUCUACAGUGCUGAGCAAAAAUGGCCAAUAUGUUUGUUAGAUGUACACGAAACAGCCCAAAACUGUGAUGUAGAAAUGCUUUUAAAAAUGUGUAUAUUGCCUUUACUUUCAAAACUCUUUUUUAAAGAGAACUGCUGAAGGACUACCAUACAAAAAACACUCUAUUUUAUAGCUAUUUUUCAUAUAGAUUUAUAGUUAAACAUCUUACUAAAUACAUUUAAUAUGUUGAAACAAAUAUAUAGUGGUCACUUUGCUCAACACUGUUUAAUUUUAUAAUGGACAAGCUGUAAAGCCUUUGUAUCCUCAGUAAGUGGCCUGUGGGCAACUUUUUUUUUUAAAAAAAAAUCAAGUCCAACAGCAGCUUAUGGUGUGCCACACAAGUGAGUUCAUUCUGAAACUACUGCAAAAACAGUUACAGAAGUAACUGUUCCCUUGCUCUCAGUAGCAAUCAGCUGGAAACUUGUGUCACAGAUGUCAUCUGGGCUGCUUAAAGUAGAUAGUAUCUGUGUGGAUAAUAUGACACUGGUAUUCAAAUACACAAUCUGUUACUACUUCAUUUGGCCAAAGGCAUUAUCCACACAGUGCUCCUUAAGUGUGUGAAACUUUGAGUAGCCUAAAAGACUACUUGCAUAUAUUUAAAGUCUUAUUUCAGAUGCUACAGUUGAUUAAAAAAAAAAAAAAAAAAAAAAAAAAAAAAAAAAAAAAAAGAAAAGAAAAAGAAAAAAGAAAAAAAAAGUGAGCUGGCUCAGAAGAUACUAGAACUGAAAUGUGGGGUAGCAGUUAGUUAAAGGAACAUUAUUUUUUUUAAAGAAUAAAGUAAUUAUUUGCAGUCAAUAUGUGCCAUUAAGUGAACCUGUGGAAUUAGGAAUAACCUUCCAACCAAAGUGGAUCCAGAAGAGUGACUGGUGCUUAAAAAUCGAAGAACAAUGGUAAAUAUAUGUAUAGCUAUCCCACUGUAUAUUAUUUGAGAUUACAGAAGAUUCUUUAUAUAGUUAAAGCUUAUUUAAAUUUUCAUAUUUCAUCUUUGAAAGAGUCUAAAAACCACAAUAUUUUCUGGUAUAAAAGUUUUGACAGUAUUAAUCUUAUUUUUGUAUUUUUCUUAAGUCAUAUCAUUCUAAUAUGUUAACUACUAGUAAAAUGGGUUAUUAGUUCUAACUGCAUAAUUUUUCAAUGAAGAUGAAGCACAUUUGUUUUGUUUUUACAAACUAAUUACAUCUAUAUCUAAAGAUACCAAAAAAAUACAUAAAUAUAUAUAAAUAAAAGGUAGACACAACACUAAAACUAUUAAACAUUUGGGUAUUUAAAACCCAACCACCUUUUUUGUUUGUAUGGUGACGGGCUAUAUUUGCAGGCCCAGAUUGUUACCUUUUGUGCUGUUUGAGGAUGCCAAUGUUGCCUGUAUUUAUGAUAUUGUCACCAUGUUUUCUGAAACUUCAUACUUACCAUGUUUACAAAGAUUUGUUUGCUGUACAUAGACUUUUUACAGUAAUGUGCUUUGCACAAUCAGUGUGGCUUCUGUCUGUAAGUUGUUAAUGGUCUGUACUACUAUAAUUUUGAAAACCCUCUGCUGAAAAUGUUAGUGUUAUUUAACUUGAUGAAUGGUUUUGAGUUUCUUAAAUCUUGUCAUUUAGAUCUAAUAUUAAACCCUAAAUUUGGUUAUACUUACUGGUUAUCUAUACUAAGACCAAAAUGAAAGUUAAUGAAAACACUUACUUUUGAACUUCUUAACAAGUGCCAAAAUUAUUGCUAUGGUUUUCGCAGUUUGUUCACAAUUACAAAUGCUGGCAAAUUUUUGGACCUACAUAAGCAAAUUGCGGAAACAAAGUUUGUCUGCAUUUUGACCACGUAGGUGCUACUCUGUCCUUUGCUUCCGAUUGUUCUGAACACUGGUAAUUUUAAGAAUUGUUGCACUUGGCAAAUGAUCUUGCCAUUAAAUCUCACUUACACUGCCAAGUGCAAGGGUUUGGUGCUUAGUUAACUUACCCUUAUUGCAGUGCUUCUUGUGAAUAGCUAAUGCUUCUGAACUGGAAUUGUACAUUUUUGUAUUUUAAAGCUUCUGUAAAAGUAAACUAUUUGCUUUAUUAAAGAUAAACAUUUAAUAGGUCA